AUGACUUUCGAUGGUUUAAAAGGAGACAUCAAUAAGCAUUUAGGUUGGAAACAAGGUGAUGAAGACGAGAACUGGGCCAAGAAAGCCAUCGAGAAUCUACAGAAGAAGCUUUAUAAACAGGACAGAGAAGCUAUUAAGAAAUUAGAAUUUGCCUUACAAUGUGAGGGAAACUAUGCUACUGAAUGUGUUACUAUUCCUAAGUCUCUAGAUGGUCGAUUACAAGUUUCUCAUAAGAAGGCUCUACCUCAUGUAAUUUACUGUCGGGUUUAUCGAUGGCCUGACCUUCAAUCACAUCACGAACUGAAGGCUAUCGAGUCUUGCAGAUAUUGUUAUGAAUCUAACCAAAAAGAAGUUUGUAUAAAUCCUUAUCAUUAUACGAGAGUAGAGAGUGCAGAACUUCUGCCGCCAGUCCUUGUGCCUAGGUAUUCUGAACGACCGCCGAAAGAAGUUCCUCCUUCUAUACAGAGGUUACAUGAUUUGGAAGCUCGUGGCUCUGUGAUGCCCCAAAAUGUGGAAAUGCAUGGAGAAAGCUUCAGCCAAUCUCAGUGUAUGCACCAAAUGCAAUUACAAGAAAACGAUAGAUCUUAUCCAAUCCCCUCUCACAUUCCAACUGUAUCGGUCCCUUAUGUUGAAACUGAAGAUUGGGCCACAAUUAGUUAUUAUGAGAUGAAUACUCGCGUCGGAGAACAAAUAAGAGUAUCCUCAACUACUAUCAGUAUUGAUGGCUAUACUGAUCCCACUAAUAGUUAUAACAAAAUUAGCUUAGGACUUUUCUCCAAUGUAAACCGCAAUUCCACAAUUGAGAAUACCCGUCGACAUAUAGGGAAAGGUGUACGACUGACAUAUGUAAGUCAUCAAGGCACACUCUUUGCUGAAUGUGAAUCGGAUACUGGUGCUAUUUUCGUUCAAUCAAGAAACUGUAAUUACAUACAUGGCUUUCAUCCUACCACAGUUGUCAAAAUUGUGAACAAGUGCUCCCUCAAAAUUUUCGAUGCCGAGUACUUCCGCCAGCUUCUGGAAGAUUGUUCUAAACGUGGGUUCGACGCAUCUUAUGAAUUAACAAAGAUGUCCAUCAUUCGGAUGUCAUUCGUAAAGGGAUGGGGAGCUGAGUACAAUAGGCAAGACGUCACUUCGACGCCCUGUUGGAUUGAAAUUCAUUUACAUGCACCACUUAUGUGGUUGGAUCAUGUGUUGAAGAAAACGAUGCCGAACCCAGAUCCCAUAUCAUCAAUAUCAUAG